GUUGUAGGUCUCUAAGCAAAUCAUUAUCAUUUAUUGUAGAUUGGUUUGUGAAAAUGAAACAGUCAAGUCUACUUAAUUUUUUCGGUAAAAAGACAGCAGAUUCACCGUCGAAACCCAGUAACGGAGUGUUGAAUUCUAGCCCAGUAUUAAUAGAUUCGAAACAGUCUACUGGCGAUGAAAGUUUUAUCAUACCUGGAACUCCGGAUCCUAGUAUUAAAAUCUCAGAGUUACCGAUAACCGGCAGAGCAGUCUUAGGAACUCUGCAAAUUGAUAAAAUGCAAUCUCCACAUAUACGUAAAACAAAAGCAGUUACCCGCCGUUCAUCAUUCACAGUUCGACGUGAUGAAAUUCUACGAUCAAAAUUGAAUGACUUACUUUCCAGCGACCCAGUUAAUCCGAGUGAAAACCAUCAAAUGUGCUCUAACCGACAGGCACAAGCUUCUGCUAAACUUCGUCGGGGCAAUUAUGAUCUCUUGAAUUACGCUCCUCAGGACCAAAUAGUUGGAGUGACUUCAAAUACUGAUGUGUCUAAAAAUGAAACAUAUCGUUCUGUAUAUACUAGUAAUCGCGCUAAAAUAAUGGUAUCUACAGCACUUUCUACAUGCGUGACGUCAAAACGAAAGUCGAUUGAUGAGUUAGCAGUGAAUAUACCUAGCGGUUUGUCAAAGCGCAACAAGCUAAAUAACUCUUGCCUUUUUAAUUCUGAUAAUGUCAAUAUAUCAGUGACUGAUAAGAAACCAAAUCCUAUUUCUACGGAAAUUCGUCUAAAUACCGAAGAAUUAUCUGCUUUAGAUGAUGUUCUGAACGAAUUGGUUGUUCAGACGAGCAGCACAUCUGGCUGCAUAUCACGUGAGCAUGAGUCUACUCCACUGAAAUCAGCACAAACACCGAAAGAUGAUGAGCAGAAAACACAUAUCCAUGAGCACGACGAACCAUUAGAAGCGUUAAAUUUAAGUGACUGGUCACCUGGUAAGGAUGAGCCCGUAAAGGUUGACAAGCAGUGUACUGUAAACGACCAGUUAUCCCAAAUCCCGAACCAGUCCUUUGUACGUGGAAACGUUUUGGAAAUUAAUCAGAAACGCGAUGAAACUGAGUUAUUGAUCCAAGUGUAUAAUAAUGAUAAUAAUUGUAGCACAAGUGAGCUGAAGAUUAUUCUCCGUGAUUCAUGGUUGGAUUCACCGAUUCGAAAAAAUGACGUUAUAAAUGUUAUUCCAGAUAUAUUGGUUGAUAAGAGAAUCUCUGUAAAGAGUACUUCUGUUUUUAUUGUAUCUGAUCAUAAUAAUCCUGUCGGAUGUGCAGUAUGUUUGCAUCCAGAUUAUCUACUGCCUACUACAAAGGUUGUUGGUAGUUUAAACUGUUUAAGGCGUGCAGUGCUAGAACAAUUUUGGGUUUCUGAUGGUGGAUAUGGCGACAAUGAAAUUUCAGCUACAAAUCAAAAUCAAACGAAUAGUUAUGGACCUGAAAUUAUGUUAACUGGAAGUUUAGUUCAUGAACUUUUUCAAAAGAUUAUUUCCAAUAAGAUCAUUCGACGAGAUAUUAUCUCGCAGAUAAUUUCUGACCUCAUUCAUCGUUCAUCGACAGUUUUGCAAAUGUACAUAUAUGGUAUCAAAGUAAAACUGCUUCUCACAAAACUAGACGAAUUCGUACCGAAAAUUAUGAAAUGGAUUCAAACACACUGUACUUGGCACCGACCUCCUGGAGUCCGCCCUAUCCAUGCUAAUCAGGUGAAGGUAGAUGAUGUUAUCGCCAUAGAAGAAAAUAUAUGGUCUAGUCGCUUAGGUUUAAAAGGCAAAAUUGACUUGACAUUAUUAUGUCAAAUUCCUUUAAAUGGUGAAUUGAAACCUACUUUAAAUGUGAUUCCAAUGGAAUUGAAAACUGGUAAUCCAUCUUAUUCAAUUGAACAUAAAGGUCAAGUUUAUUUAUACUUACUGUUAGCGAAAGAAUUUUAUGGUAAAUUUUAUGAUACUUCAAAAUAUCCAAAUGUUCCAGUCGCGAAUGCUGGUUGGCUUGUAUACCUACAAGAGGCAGUAAAUGAAAGUUGCCAGAAACAAAAGUCAUACACUAACGCAAGUAUAGUUUAUCCUGAUAUCACAAGUUACCAUGGUCUCAUACAGACACGUAAUCAACUAGUUUCGGGAAUUAUCGAUUUAUUGAAAUCAACUGAAACUUUUCACUCCAAUGAAAAUUUACAUGCUGAUAAUUGGAAACCUGAAUUACCGGAUCGUAUAAAUCAGUUGCGUAUGUGUCAGACAUGUGGUGUACAACUUACUUGCAGUUUGUUUGAGAAAAAUCCUGUAAAAUCAUACACUAGUUCAUGUGAUUCAGCUUUAAAUGUUCCGAAGUUCCUUAUUAACCGUCGAUCUCAUCUUGGUGUAGAACACAUUAAUUUCUUUACCAAAUGGUCUAAACUCUUAUUGACUGAGCAUUUUGAUAAUGAACGUUUUGAAGAUGUGAUUGGGCGUAUCUGCAAAACAUCUGGGAAGGCUGACAGGUUCUUUACUUCUGGCACUGUGCGUCGUUUACGUUUAUUGGAAACGAAAACUGUUGGUAAUUCAAUAUCUGGAGAAUGCGAAUUUCAAAGUUGGUUUAUUCCCGACAAGCCAACUGAUCAAUCAAAUGAAACAUUACUAUCGAUAUCUGGUCUUAGUGUCGGUGACUUGGUAAUCGUCAGCAGUGAUGAUUGUCGUCUGUUAGGCAUAGACUUAGCGACAAUUGUCCCUACUGAAGAUCUUCAUGACAUUGAAAACUCUGUAUGCAAUGGUAUUCCAUCUCAAUCCGAUUAUAAGAAGUCUGUAAUUUCGCUUACUUCAACCAGGCCAUUUCCUGAUCGGAUUAAAUUAUUUCGCAUUGAUCGUUACGUAACUAUGAAAACAGUUCAGUUGAAUUUGUCCAAUCUAAUAGGAUUAAUGCAGAAUUCAACAUUGGGUCAGGUACUACGUGAACUUAUCAUUGACGGUCGCAUGCCUAACACAUCAAAAACGAUAUCUAAACGAAUCGUUAAAGAAAUACGACCUAUCUUGAAACCAUUAAAUGUAAACCAACGUGCAGCUGUUCUCCAAACUCUUUUUUCACAAGAUUAUAUUCUUAUCAAAGGCUAUCCAGGAUCAGGAAAGACAGAAACUUUAACAGCUUUGUUGCGUGUUCUCAUUCUUCUCAAGAAAAAAGUUCUCGUGGCAGCGCAUACUCAUUCUGCCGUAGAUAAUCUCUUAUUAAGAUUGCAUCAAACUGGGGAAACUCGUAUUAUAAGACUGGGUCAAGUAAAUCGGAUACAUCCGAAUUUAAAAAAUUAUUCUCUUGAAUCAAAAUUAAAUACCUUUUUAAAGUCGAACGAGAAGUUAAAAACUGAUGCCACCGAUUAUGUGCAUAGUAUUAUGAUGGAUGCUGCUGUUGUUGGGUGCACAGCAUUGACUGCAAGUGGAGGAAAUGAUUUGCGACACGCAGCUUUGACAUAUCAAAAAUUUGAUGUUAUCCUAAUUGAUGAAGCCAGUCAGUUGAUGUGUCCUACUUCUUUGGGACCGUUAUUAUGUCUAAGGACAGAACAAGAAUCUAAUGGCGUAAGAUGUUGUCGAUUUGUACUAGUUGGUGAUCCAUAUCAAUUGCCCCCUUUAGUUCGAAGCCAAAAGGCUAAGAAUGGUGGGUUAGAUCAAAGUCUUUUUACACUACUACUGAAUUAUAGUAUUGGGGAUACUUAUGAAAGGAAAACGAUUGGUUCAUCGAUAGACUAUUCAAAUAAAGAACAUAUAAUUGAAUUGACAAUUCAAUACCGCAUGAAUUCAAAUAUUUUAACUCUAACUAAUUAUUUGGCUUAUCAGAAUAAAAUGUCUUGUGCUAAUUCGGUUGUUGCACAAUCCACUAUACAGUUGAAACCUGGAGUUUCAGAUAAAAAUUUAGAAAAGUUACCACUAUGGAUCAAACGUGUAAUAAGUCCAUUGCUCUCUGAUUCUUUAUUACUGUUGGAUACAAAGAAACUUGAUUGUUGCGUUUCUUCAUCGAAUGAAUCGCAUGCAACAAAUUCUAAUCCAACUGAAGCACAAUUAAUUCUAUAUAUCAUCAAAAAAUCUGUUGAUGUUUUAACGCUUAAUUCCAAAGACAUUGGCAUCAUUGCACCAUAUAGAGCACAGGUUUCUUUGUUGAAAAAUAAAAUUAAAGAAAAUUCAUUUGAAGAUAUUGAAGUGAAUACUGUUGAUCAAUUUCAAGGUCGUGAUAAAAGAUUAAUUUUACUCUGUCUAACUAAUUGUCCUUCAAUGCUGAAAAAAGAUAAGAAUGAGUAUUUUGAGUCAAAUCGAAUUCACUUGCUUGAAGACUUACCUCGAUUAACUGUUGCCCUAACACGUGCACAGCAUAAACUUAUCAUUGUUGGCUGUACUGGUUAUCAUAACCCAAAUACAGAGGAUAUUAAACAGAAUACGAAACUGGGAGAAUUAUAUUCCUGUAUUAAAACAAUGCUUGGCGGUUAUGAGAUUUUACCCAUAGAUACUGUUUCACUCUUGUAAAAUAAACAUAGAUCUUAUGUAUUGCCUUGUCUUUUGAUGUAUGUUAUUUUGUAUGAAUUAGAUUUUAUGUGAUCUUUAAAAGAUAAACUAUUUUUCUACUUGUAUGAUUUGCGAUUAGUUAGUCUUAAACUCCUUCAGAGUACGUGUACAUUUUUAAACUUUAUGAUGUAGAAUAAAAACUUCGGUUUUACGAA